UCCCCUCCUCCCCCCAAUUUUCCCCGCCCCGCAGGCCCCGCCCGCGCGUUGCCCGGGGAACCGCGGGUCCCCGCAGCUGCAAAAAAGCAACCGUAGGAGCGUGCGGCCGGCCGCUGUUGCUGCUGCUUCUGCUGCUCCUGGCGCUCCUGCCUCGAGCCUUGAGCCCCGGCGGCAGCGCCCCAGCCCCUGCCCCGACCCCAGCCCCGGUCCCAGCCCGGCCGGGCCGCGGUCCCGCAGCGCCCUCCGCGCGCCUUCGAGCUCCCUUCCCCACCCCCGAACUCCUCUCCGGGCCAUGCUGCCCACCCGGCGCCCCCGCCGCCGCCGCCUCCUACCCCCCUUGCCGACCGCCCCGCUCCCCGUCGGCAGGCCGCUGCUGCCGGGGCUGCUGCUGCUGCUGCUGAGUCCGGGGCCAUCCCGGUCCCUGCCAGUCACUCCGGCCGUGCCCUUCCCGGACCCCUGCGCGCUGCAGCCCUGCAGGAACAACGGCACCUGCUCCCCCAGCGCGAGCGCGAGCCCCGGCCCCGGGCAGCAGCAGCCCGACGUCCAGGAGUCCCCCGACCUGGGCUACAGCUGCACCUGCCCCGCCGGAGUCACGGGCAGCAACUGCCAGUUUGUAGCAGACCCUUGUGCCAGCAACCCUUGUCUCCAUGGCAACUGUAGCACCAGCGAGGAUGGAUACUUUUGCAUUUGUGAUGAAGGCUACUCAGGUAUCAGCUGUGAGCAAGCAUCUCCCAAGCUCCCUGUCUCCAGUUGGACAGAGUCCCCAGCUCCAAGGCAACUCCAGCCUGUCUCCUCAACACAAGAGCCUGAAGAAAUCUUGCCCCCAUCACAAGCAACUGUGACCCUUCCCACAUGGCAGCCAAAAGAGGGUCAGAAAGUUGUAAAUAUGAAAUGGGAUGAAAUAGAGAUAAUCCCGGAUAUUGCCUGUGGGAAUGCCAGUUCCAAUAAUUCUUCUGGAGGCCGGCUGGUAUCCUUUGAAGUUCCACAAAACACUUCAGUAAAGAUUUGGAAAGAUGCCACAGCAUCUCUUAUUUUGCUCUGGAAGGUCACAGCAACUGGAUUUAAGCAAUGCUCCCUUAUUGAUGGCAGAAGUGUUACUCUCCUCCAAGCGCUGGGUGGCCUCGUGCUCUCUGAGGAAAUGCUUGCCUUGGGAAACAAUUACUUUAUUGGUUUCGUGAAUGAUUCUGUUAGUAAAUGCAUUGUGGCUUUGCGCUUGACUGUGGUCGUGAAGGUCAGCACCUGUGUGGCAGUGGACAGCAAGUCACAUGAUAUACAGUGUUCUGGAAAGGGAAAAUGUACCACCACACCAGCAGAGGUGACUUUUUCCUGUGACUGUGAGGACCAGUAUGUGGGCACUUUCUGUGAAGAAUUCGACGCCUGCCAAGGACAACCAUGUCAGAACAAUGGCAGUUGCGUUGAUGCCAUUGAAAAACAUGAUGGGAACAAUUUCACCUGUGUUUGCCUGGCUGGUUACACCGGUGAGCUUUGCCAGACCAUGGUGGAUUACUGCAUUUUAGAACCAUGCAAAAGAGCGACAUGCGUUUCAAAUCUCAGUGGAUUCAGCUGCCAAUGUCCAGAAGAAUAUUCUGGACCGUCUUGUGAAGAGAAAGUAGAUCCGUGCGUCUCGUUGCCCUGCCAGAAUAACGGGACGUGCUACGCUGCCCGGGCUCACUUUACCUGCAGCUGUAGUGCGGGAUUCACCGGACCCACGUGUGCCCAGCUGAUCGACUUCUGUGCCCUGAAUCCUUGUGCCCAUGGAACAUGCCGCAGCGUUGGGACGAGCUAUAAGUGUCUCUGCGAUCCUGGUUAUCAUGGCCUUUAUUGUGAAGAGGAAGACAAUGAAUGCCUUUCCGCCCCUUGCCAGAAUGGGGCCACUUGCAGGGAUCUUGUGAACAGCUACGAGUGUGUGUGCCUCCCAGAAUAUAAAGGAUCACACUGUGAAUUGUACAAGGAUCCCUGUGCUAACAUCAGUUGCCUGAAUGGUGGGACCUGUGACAGUGAAAGUCUGAAUGGCACCUGUAUCUGCUUACCUGGGUUUACAGGUGAAGACUGUGAGACUGAGAUAAACGAAUGUGAGAGUAACCCCUGCCAUCACUCUGGGACCUGCAUAGACCAGACCAAUGGUUACAUAUGUCACUGCCCCCACAACUGGAUUGGACCAAACUGUGAAGUCCAUCUCCAGUGGAGGUCCGGACCCAUGGCGGAGAGCCUGAGCAGUAUGCCACGCCACUCCCUCUACAUCAUCAUCGGCGCCCUCUGCGUGGCCUUCGUCCUCAUGCUGAUCAUCCUCAUUGUGGGCAUCUGCCGUAUCAGCCGGAUCGAAUACCAGGGCUCCGCCAGGCCAGCCUACGAGGAGUUCUACAACUGCAGGAGCAUCGACAGUGAAUUCAGCAGCGCCAUUGCCUCCAUCCGCCAUGCCAGGUUUGGAAAGAAAUCCCGACCUACUAUGUAUGAUGCAACUCCCAUUGCUUAUGAGGAUUACAGUCCUGAUGACAAACCCUUGGUCACACUGAUUAAAACAAAAGAUUUGUAAUCGACUGUAUCUUUUUUGGAUUAUUUUUCAAAAAGAUGAGAUACAACACUAAUUUAAAUAUUUUUAAGAGUAAAAAAAUCCUAAGAAAUUUAAAUUGUUAGCUGCUCAAGAAUUUUCUGUAGAAUAUUUAAGAACUAAUUUUCUGCAGCUUUUAGUUUGAAGAAAUAUUUUAAAACCGAAUUUGUGAUGUUCAUAGACUACAUUUUAAUGUACUUUCAGCUCUCUGAACCAUAGGCUUCUAAUAGUGUGUGCUCUUUUCACGGUAGACACUAUUAUGACACCCAGAUUAAUUUCUGUGCUUGUUACAGAAUAAGUCUAAUGGAGAAGAAGUUUCUAUUUGACAUUAAAGUGUCGGCUUUCUGAGUAGAGUUAGGAAAAAAAAUGUAAAGCGUAGUCUGAUGCAUAAUACAGUAUAUCCAUAUCUUAAAAGAAGUCUAAGAUGUGUGUGUUGUGAAAAAGAAACUAGUUACAUUAAUUAUUCCUCACCUGAAUGAAUUAGCUUUUUGCCUUAUUCUGUGCAUGGGUAGAGAUCCUAUUUCUGCAUUAUUUGGUUGAAUCUUGUGGAAGCAUACUUCGGAGUUCAAUGUUUGUCGGGUUUUGUUUUGUUCUGUAAUAGUCUUCAAGGUAGGCCACCUUCACAGAACAAACAAACAAACUACAGGUUCAGUGAGUACCUGGGAAGGCUGAUUUGGUGAUGGUGUUGGUCCUAUAUUUUUCUUUGGAAAGUCCAAGUUUUUCUAUUGUGAGUAAAUCAAAUCUGUGUUUUAAAUUGUUUGCUCUUAAGAGGUUGCAAAUGUAUGAGAGAAGCAGCUCUUUGAAUAGCGUGUGUUUCUCCUUGCAUAUCUUAUUUAUGCCCAAGACCUUUUUUUGUGGCUGUAUUUGAAUGCUGAGCUUCUUCAAGUUCUUGCUGAUUUCAAAGGAUAUUAAAUAAAUGUUAUCAUAUCAGUGGU